AUGGCGGCGCGCGCGGCGGGGCCCGGCCCGGCCCUCUUCUCCUCUCGCGUCCCCCGCGGGCCCGGCCCACGCCCCCUCCAGCUGCGGCGGCCCUCACGUCCCGCGCCCGCCGCCCCGUCACCGGAAGUCUCUUAUGUGUUUGUGAAUAACAGAUCCACCUACCUCUUUGUCCACCGCCUGCCACCACAGUCUGUGAGAAUGCUGGAGGUCCCGUACACACAGCAUGUGUCCUUGUCUGUCGGUUCUUCAGUGACAAUCACAGGGAAACCGGCCAUCUCUUUCAGCAAGAACCCAGAAAUGCAGGUGGAUUUCCACACUGGGACUGAUGAGAACUCAGAUAUUGCUUUCCAUUUCUGAGUGUACUUUGGCAUAUCUGUGAAGAUAAACAGCCGUCAGAAUGGGAGCUGGGAAUCUGAGGUGGCAUCCUCCAAAAUGCCCUUUGUGGAUGGCCAACCAUUUGAAAUGCACAUCUUGGUGCUGCAAAAUGAGUACCAGGUAAUGGUAAAUGGCCAACAAUAUUACAGCCUUGCCCAUCGACUCCCACCACAAUCUGUGAAGUUCCUGCAGGUGUGGAGAGAUGUCUCCCUGUCCUCAGUGUGUGUCUGCUAGAGAGGGAUGUGACCAGACUCCCCAAUGUCAAGGAGAUUCUUCCAUCUAAGUGACCAUGUGACUCCCAGAGUUCACUAACAGAAUGGUGCCUCCUCACCCUUCCCCAA